GCCUCGGCCCCCACGGCCUCGCGCGGCGCGGUGGAUGAUCUACUUGUUCAGCUGCUGCCAGAACCUGGCCGACUGCCCCGCGAAAUGCCUCACCGCUUGUCAGGAGACUCGGCGUGCGGCAGGAUCUUCGGCGACCUGCUGAACCGGCCCCUGGGCGGCUUCGUGUUCAUGGCGUUCUGGCUGGGGAGAUUCUGGAGCUCACGAUCUGCAUCUACGUCGCGUUUUCCCCAGAGUACCAGGAGAUAA